CAAAUUCUCAACCUCUCUAAAUUUUAUCUACAUCGUGCUGUCAAGUCUUAACUCUCAUUUAGUUUAAUUUUAUUAUACUGUCUAUAGUUACUACUUACGUCUUUAACGCUUAUUAACGUUACAGAACAACUUUACAUUUUCAAUUAUUUCAAUAUUUCACGUUUUGAGCAACAAAUUGACAGAUGGCCAGUGUUGUUGUCGUUGGGCUAGGUCUGGCCGCAGCUGGUUUUGCUGGUCGACAAGUAUUACGAGUUGCCCCACAAGUAGCUCAAAAAAUGAGUGAAGUUCUUAAAACAAUGUCAUCCGAAUCGGGAAUUUUGUCAAGUAGUAAAUUUCAUAAAGGUGGAUUUGAACCUACUAUGUCCAAACGCGAAGCCACACUCAUACUUGACGUGUCAAAUAACGCUCCAAAAAACAAAAUCAAAGAUGCCCAUAAACGAAUCAUGUUGAUCAAUCAUCCAGAUAAAGGUGGUUCACCGUACAUAGCUGCAAAGAUAAACGAGGCCAAAGAUCUUUUGGAUAAAAAAUAAACAACGUCCGCUAAUUAUUGUAGUGUAAAUAUGUGAAUGUACAAAAAUAUAGAUAUAUAUUAUUAUUUUUA